CUGUAGGAGGGAAGAAGCAUGUCCAGGAUGUCUAUGAGUCGUUCUCCAGUUUCUCCAAUGAAUGCCCAGGGCAUCCCAUCACCGGCCCAGCUCACUAAAGCCAACGCCCCGGUCCACAUCGACGUGGGAGGACACAUGUACACCAGCAGCCUGGGUACUCUCACCAAAUACCCAGAGUCUAGAAUCAGUCAUCUGUUUAAUGGAACAGAGCCCAUUGUACUGGACAGCUUGAAGCAGCACUACUUCAUAGACAGGGAUGGAGAUAUAUUCAGAUACAUCCUCAGCUUCCUCAGGACCUGCAAACUACUGCUCCCAGAGGACUUCAAGGACUUCCCCCAGCUAUACGAGGAGGCUCGCUACUACCAACUGACACCCAUGGUCCGCGAGCUGGAGCGCUGGCAGACGGAGCAGGAGGGCCAGAAGAGACCACCCUGCGAGUGCCUGGUGGUCCGAGUGACCCCUGACCUGGGGGAGAGGAUCGCCCUCAGCGGAGGGAAGGUGCUCAUCGAGGAGAUCUUCCCCGAGACUGGAGACGUCAUGUGUAACUCUGUGAAUGCCGGCUGGAACCACGACCCCACACAUGUAAUCAGAUUCCCUCUCAACGGCUACUGCAGGCUCAACUCAGUUCAGGUUCUGGAGAGGUUGUUCCAGAAGGGCUUCAGCGUGACGGCGUCAUGUGGCGGCGGAGUUGACUCCUCACAGUUCAGCGAGUACGUCCUGUGUCGCGAGCUCCGCAGGGGUCAGUCCAUCGGCACCACCAUCCACAUCAAACAAGAGCCUCUGGACUAG